AUGGUGAGUAAUGGUCCAUACCAUCCAUACAAUAUUUUCGGACCACAACCAUCGUUUACAUAUUCAUCGACAUCCGUAUUUCCUGGAUAUUUAAAUCCAUCGUCAACUAAUCCUACAACAAGCGAUCAAAAUCGUAAAGCAACAGGACGACGUGAACGAACAACAUUUAAUCCUAUGCAACUCUCUUACUUAGAAUCCGUAUUUAAGCAAACUCACUAUCCGGAUGUUUAUUAUCGUGAACAAAUUGCAGAAAAAAUCGGACUUCAAGAAUCUCGAAUUCAAGUGUGGUUCAAAAAUCGCCGAGCAAAAGAUCGGCAACAAAAACGAAUGAUGCAAGUGCGACAUAAUCAUGAUCGAUGUAGCAAUCAUACAGAAACACCUCCACCAGAGCCUAAUAAAGGUGAAUCGAAUGCGCAGAAAAGUAUUUCACCGCUUGUAAUUCCAGGUAGUGCAGAAUUUAACCUGAAAACUGGAAGUAGUUCGGGAAAUACCAUGAAGGAGGAAUAUCAAUUGAAAGCGGUUUGUCCAACACAUCCAGCAAAUUUAGCUGGUUGGUCGUCAGCGUAUUCAUUAGGCGCACAACCUGCAGCUGCAUACAUGCCUGGUGCAAGUCAUACGCAUGCCGCAUGCGGAUUUAAUUUAAGCGGUACCGGCGCACCUCCCUAUUAUCCGUAUCAGAGUGAUAUUUAUAAUCCGUAUGCUCAAAGUAAUGCUGCUGCUGCUGCUGCUGCUGCCGCAACUUAUUCAUAUCCUCAAAUGUUUAAUUCACUCAAUAAUGAUUUACAAAGGCCCGGCAAUUGA